AUGAGGCUGAGACUCGGAGCGCUAGAGGGGAUCAGGGGCCGGGGUGCGAGGGCGGGGCCGCUGCUGCGGGUGUCCGUCCGCCCCGAGGGCACGUCCCGCCUCUCACAGAACGACGCCGGAGAGUUCGUGGAUCUGUACGUGCCGCGGAAAUGCUCUGCGAGCAACAGGAUCAUCGGGGCGAAGGACCACGCGUCCAUCCAGAUGAACGUGGCCAAGGUUGACAAGGUUACAGGCAGAUUCAAUGGCCAGUUUAAAACCUAUGCAAUUUGUGGAGCAAUUCGUAGAAUGGGAGGAUCUGAUGACUCUAUUCUCCGACUGGCAAAAAAUGAUGGUAUUGUUUCAAAGAACUUCUAA